CCAGCUCAGUCUGCACUAUGCCAGAUCAUGAUCCCGAGACGGAGAGAUGCCGGCGUACAGCCAAGGUUAGACAGUUCGUGGCGGCAUUUGUGGCGAGCUUAUUGGGCUUCACUGGUGGAUCGGUCUUGGGAUGGACGUCACCCAUGCAACCCUUGCUGAUGUCUCCAGAUCCACCUGUCGGUACCGACCCCAUGACAGAGGACAACGUCGCUUGGCUCGGCUCCAUAAACUUUGUUGGCACGUUCCUCGGGUCUUUCUUCUGGGGCAUCGUAGCUGACAGCUGGGGCAGAAAGAAGACUGCGUGUUUAGUCGCCAUACCCUUCAUUCUGCACUGGAUAUUAACGAUGGUUGCCAAGAAUUUCUAUUGGCUGAUAAUAGCGAGACUUAUUGCCGGUAUUGGGAACAAUGGUGCUGUGGCAUCUGUACCGGCAUUCAUUUCCGAAAUGGCACAAGACGAUCUCCGUGGCUUUUUUGGAUCGUUUUAUGUGAUAUUUAUAAACAUUGGAAUGAUGUAUUCCUAUGUUAUAGGAACUUACUUUCAUUAUUAUGGUUUGUCCAUUGCAUGUAUUGUUAUACCGUUAAUUUUUUUGCUCAGCUUUAUUUGGAUACCUGAAUCUCCGAUAUUCCUUUUCAAUAAUGGACAAACUGCUAAUGCAGAAAAGUCACUUUUCUGGUAUAAAGGAGGAGAUGCAGUCGAAGCGGAGAAGGUUUUGUCAACUUACAAACACGAACCUAAUAGUAAAAAUAAUAAAUUGUCUGUUAUGUCAUUAUUUGCUACUAGAGGAACCACAAAGGCUUUCAUUCUUGGAUUAGCUCUGAUGAUUUCCUUACAAAUCUGUGGAAUCACGGCAAUUAUGAGCUUCGCUGUCAGUAUAUUUGAGAUGUGUGGUACAUCUCUAACUCCUUACCAUUCUGCUUUGUUACUGGGUUCAAUGCAAGUUGUGUUUACUUGUUCUUCUUCAUUUCUAGUCGAUAGAUUAGGAAGAAAGUUUUUGUUGGUGACUUCUAUGAUGGUCAUGGCCUUUUCCUUAGCGGUAUUAGGAACUUAUCUUUUCUUUUUACAUGGCCAGUCUGUAGACUCGGUGUUCAGGUGGACACCUGUUGUUUCUCUGUCUGUGUGUGUAAGUGCUUUUGCGAUCGGCGUGUCACCAGUUACUUUUAUAAUCAUGGGAGAAAUAUUUCCUACCUACAUAAAAAGUUAUGCAAUCGCCAAACUUCUAAUGGUUUUAGGCACCACAGCCUUUAUUUUCGUAAAGUGUUUCCCUAUAAUGAAAUCUUUAUUGAAGCCGCACGGGCUGUUCUGGUUGUACGCUGUUUCCUCUUUAGCAUUUUCAAUAUUUUUCUAUUACCAUCUUCCUGAAACAAAAGGAAAGUCUUUAAGUGAAAUUUUGAGAAUAUUAAAUAAUAAAGGGUUUGAAGACAAUCUUACUGAAGAAAAGGGAACUACUGAACAUAUUCAACUACAAUAGAUUUCUUCUUUGUAGAUUUUUAUUCUUUCCUUUACAAAUAUUAAUCUAUUUGAAAUUAUAGAAAAAGGUUACCAAAAUAUUUUUAGUUGUUGACAGCGUACAUUUGUUGUCAACUUUCGCAUUCUUUAUUAUUUUUCCUAGAUGCUAUUAAUACUGCUGUAAUCCCUUACCAACCAUUAUGCUUGCUUCAAUACAUUAUUUCUUGGCCUUAUAUUUAGGAGUUUUUAGCAGCGCCUUUUGAGACUCUAUUGUAUAUAAAACUUAUGGUUUCAAUAGGCCUACUCUUUAACAAAUCUAUUUUAAAAAAUUAACGAACUAAAAAUUUGAAAUUAAACAUCAAUAAAUAAUACUGCCUAUAGUUAAAAGUAAAACACAGAGUGGGAGCCGUAAAACAAUAUGGCACUAUGUCUUCCACUCUGUUUACCAUCAAUUUCAAAAGAGCUGAAUUUGUUUAGUCCAUUAGGACAAAUUUAUUUUGCAUUAAUACAGAAAGCCAUAUGCAGAGUUUUAGUAGAUAAAUUUCUAUUUAUUACCUUUAAAUGGUUCCUGAUUCAAAAUUUAUUCUUUUGGAUGUUUAUAUGACUCAAAUUAUUUUAAGACGGGUCAAUAUUUCCCUUCUUCUCAAAUUACAUAAUUUACUAAUUCUUUUAAAUUAGAGAAGAAUAUAUACAUAUUGGUGGCCCCAAGCCAUCAAUAGCAUACUCAAGUAUGCAACCAUUGUUGGGAAAAGGGAUAGAGAUUACUACUUUAGAGCGAUCAAGGCCAGGCAGGGGAAAUUCCUUUCUUAGAUGGUUUGGGGGUUUCAUGAGCUAUUUGGACGUAAGUUACUGUAUAAUCACUUCUUCGGACUGAUUGGUGGCAGGUUUAUGUCUAGAAUCUUUUAUGAUCACGACAUAUCAGUAGAAUAUAUUCGUGUAAGAGUUCAGAAGAAUCAUUUUCAACGAUAAAUUCGUUUAUUCUCCCCUAUUUCUAAAUCUGUAAACCAGUAAUUAGAUUUAGUACCAUCUCAAACACUCUUAAGCAAUAAGAUUUCUUAGAAUAUAAUUUUUCUAGUUAGGUUUUAAGUAGCGCAAAAGGAACAUUUAUACUGCUAUAUGAUACAUUCUUGGCUUGACUUGGUUUUAGGAAUGCCUAAUAGAGAUUAAUAGGUUGAUAUAGAUCAAACAUUACACGUUUGAGCAUCAGGCCUUGUUUUAAGUAGAUUUGCCAAUUUAUCAAGGUUAUAGUUUUAUAAAUAGUUAUAGAUAAAUCGUCCAAUAGUACUGAAAACAUUAUUCCGUGCGAAUAGACUCCACCAUCGUGGAAAAAAUAGCAUGAAGCUUGCUUACAUCAUGGAAUAAAUGCAUCAUAUUACAAUCUCCACGGAAAACUUCUGCGGAAUUUUCGUCUUCCAAAAGAAUGUGUAUUACAAGUAUGUUUUAUAGAUAUCUAGGUUUAACAGAUCUAAGGAAAAUUAAGUUUUUAUUUCAAAUCAUUAUAUUUAUUUGUAACUUAUUUUUCUAAUAAUCGCUUGACAAGACUUGUAUUGUAUUACACAACAUGAACAGCCGUACAGUAGAACGUUAUUUCUAUUUUCGUCUUCUAAAAGUAUGUGUAUCACAAGUAUGUUUUAUAUACAUCUAGGUUUAACAGAUCUAAGUAAAGUUAAGUUUUGUUUAAAAUUAUUUUAUUUAUUGGUAACUUAUUUUCUAAUAAUCGCUUGACAACACAUGUAGUGUAUUACAUAACAUGAACAGAUUUACAGUAGAACAGUGUUUAUUAUUUACCAUAUAAUAAAGUAAACAUUUAUAUUAACCAAUCAGAACACAUUGGGAUUUCUUAUAUUUAAAUUACCUUUUGGGAAAAGUUGGAUUACAAUUUAACGAGGAAAAAUCUGAAGGAUGAAAAAGUUCACUGUAUUUUCUUGUGCCAUCGGAGGAAAUGGUCCUGCUUCGGAAAAUAAUCCAAGAUGAUAAAAAGAAUUUGGAAAAUAUAUAUUUAUAAAGUACAUCAGACUUAUUGGUGAGUACUAUAAAGAUAUUUCAUAGAUGUUAUAGAAACACAAUUAAUGUACUUCAUAUCACCUUGUAGUUGGUAAAGAUUUAAUUUGUCUUUAAUUUUUCGAAAAACCCUGAAUUGCUGUGGUUUUUAAUUUGCAAAUUAGUGAACAUAUUUACUUUCGUAAUUUUGACGUACCCUAUAAUUUAACCUCCUCUAUGGCUAUUUUGAGGACUCUUCCAUCCUGUUUCUCGUGAUCGUUUGGAAAUAUAUCUUUCCCCCCGUUCAUAAAAAGCUUUAUACUAAACUGAUGGAAACGGCAGGUGGAUGAUCAUUUAGAUUUUAAAAUUUAUAUCAGUUGUUGCUAGAUUUUUCAGCUUUCUUGUCAUGACUUCUUAUUAGAUUACAAAUGCACCUACUGUCUUGGGUGGUUCGAAUUGAUCGUAAAAUGCUGGCGAACACAUCACGUGUAUAAAUGAAAAUGAUCACCUUAUCAUGCAACUAACUCCCAGUCCAAUUACUCUAGGUUCACAUUUUUUAUAUCUUCUUGAUAAAGCAGCACCGUGGACUCAUGAAAGUGGAAAGCUCCUUGAGCGACCCUAUCUUAAACAAUGAUCAGCUCUUGAAAAUAUUAUGAUGGACAGAAGAUUUCAUUACCUUGCAAAAAUUUAAUUUGAGUACAAUUAUCUUCUGUAUACUCCAUUUUUGGACACCACACGUUACGGGACGGUUAUUGAGAACUCAUUGACGAAUUGACAUAGUUAAGUUUGUUUUUUUCUUGGUAUCUUUAUAAGCAUAUACAUAUACGACCCCUUAAAAAAAUUAAAAUUUGUAUUCUUUAUAAUAGUGCAUGAAAUUAAACUGUAUUUACAUACCGGACCAUCUCACUACUACAAUCUCUUUAUAAACCUCAGAACAAAUAUAUUAAUUACUGAUCCUAGGAGACUAUAAGAAAUGCAUUUAGAUCAUGAUAAAAUAUAUUUGUUGAAAUUCAUACUGUAAUGAAUACCUAAUUUAAACUCAGAAGAGGAAGAAAACAUUAUUUUACAAUCUAUCUAUAUUUUUCCUAGAAUUGGCAAAGCCAACCUACAUCAAUCCAUCUGUUUUAAGAAUUGUCAGUUAUCAAUACAGAAAAUGAUUAAACAAUAUCCAAUAAAAAAUGUAAAUAAUAUAUUAUUUUACCAGGUGAAGUUAGGGCUAAGAAGCCCUUUCUGGUACUUGUUCCGGGGACUUCCGAUCACUGCUUGCAAGGACAGGAUCGCUCAGUGGGACCCAUCCAAACAGCAGAUACACUCGAAGUUGCUUGACUCCAUCAUCACAACAGCCGCAUCAAUGCGCCCUUGCCUAACGAUAAACGUUUUUAUUAAAAUAAAAAAAAAUAUUACGGAUGA